UACCUUGCGCACGCACAAACGGAUGUGACCUACAUUGUGUUUAGAUUUCUUAAAAAACGUAGAUGAGAACUGCAAUAUUUCUGUAUAUUUUACAAAUAUGACGACUUUUAGAGAGCUACGACUCUCGCUCUGUAUAUUUCUAUUUUUAGCUUGCACAGUUCUGUGUGAUGACCCGAUUGUUCAGAUCAUGUCGACCUCUCCACUUAGAGACCCGUUAGAUGACAUCAUGAAGUCGCAGAAAGAUCGCGACAGUUUCAUGACCUGCUCGGUGACAAAUCUCCCGAAAGACAGCGAAGUGAAGUGGAUGGCACAGGUGGGCGACUCUGACGGUAACAAGUACCUGGUACCGAUCAGCUCGGACCUGAGCAGUGAGGAUCCGUACAAGUACAGUUUGGAGAAACCCUCCCCCACUGCCUGGCGACUCAAGAUCCAGAACGUCCAGGUGUCCGAUGAGGGAACGUACAUAUGUCGCGUCCAGACUGGCCCACAGAAUUACGUCACGGACACAGUCCAGAUGAGAAUUAUUGAAUCUCCACAGAUAGCCGAUCUACAGACCAGUAGUGACACCACGGUCAAGGAAGGUGACCACAUCUCUCUGUCUUGUAACGCAUCCGGCCGGCCGUUCCCGCUUGUUUGGUGGUCAAGGAUGGCCGGAGAGCUACUGCCCACAGGUGGACAAGAAUUGCAGGAGUACAUUCUGGAUAUACUGAGUGUCCGACCACAACAUUCCGGUAUUUACAAAUGUUCUGCCAAAAAUCUGGCAGGAUACGAUUCCCGAAACAUCCAUCUCAAAGUGAAAUUUGCUCCGAGAGUGACCAAACAGAGUCCGCAGGUGAGCCAGGCGAUUGGCUACUACAAAGACCUGAUCUGCUACGUGAGUGCAUUUCCCGUCCCCAGUAUCGACCAGGUCACCUGGGUCCACGAAACCACGCCCGUAUACGAAGGCAGUCGAUUUUCGAUCCGCAAUAUUCCUGGUGCGUGGAACCGAAUCAUGAGUAUUCUGACGAUUAGAGGCGUCCAGGAGAGUGACUACGGCACGUAUACGUGUUCUGCAGCCAAUCAACAGGGAGACGGGAAGACGUCAAUAAACCUGAUGCGUUCAGAUAUUCCCACCACGGACAGAACAGGGCAGAUUCGCAGUGGUUCGUCGGUGGUGCUGAUGAGCGUGACAACCGUCGUUAUGAUUCUAACGACGUGUCUGCUGCACUCGUUGACGUAAAACACACCAGCCAGUCUUCUGUCUUGUCGUGUGAUAACAUCUGUGUGUCUGUAACGAAGGGACUAUUCGGCAUAAGUUGGUAGCCAUUUAAAAAACAGUUUUGGCUAAUAAAAUAUUUUUACAUUAUUUAAAUCACAAUUUACUUACGGUUUCUUGCUUAGACUAUGAAUAUCUAAUGCAUUUCUGGACAAAUUCAGGUCUAUCCCAGGCACUCGCCAAAUUCGCCAAAUGCAAAUGUCAAAAACAAUUGGCCAAUUUUAUUUUAAUUUAGAGAAAUAAUUUCAUGUAAUAAUUGAUAUUUUGUUAUCCAUAUAAUCAGGCAUGGCGGAAGCAAUUAAACAUUGGGGGGGGGGGGGGGGGGGAGGGGGGAGACUGAUUCAGAUCGAGGACACCAAGCAAAGUUUCUAAGGUACUUUUAUGUUCCCCCAUAAAAUUUUGAAAACUAGAUGUCCUGAAAUACAAUUUCCUGCAUUCUAUAAGUAAAAUUCACCUCUGCUUUAAGAUUUACUAUCAAUAAUAUUUUUUAUUCAGAAUUAUUGGGGUGGGUGGGUGGCUAGAGCCCCCAGGCCCCUCUGCUCUGUGGUGCCUGAUAAUGCUGUAUAUUUAAAAAAUGUUAAAGUAAGCUAGUGCCUUAAAAUGUUGGAAAAAAGGCAGGAUGUCAGUCUGUUUUGUUGAGGGGAACAAACAGAAGUCGGAGCUAAAAAUUCAAUAUAGUCCCUUUAAGUGAUGCAGUAAACAGCUCAAAUGUUUAUAGCAAUAAAAUGUGACUUACAAUGUGACUUACAAUGACAAAAAGGUAACCGGUUUUGAAAGUGAAAAGUUGAAUUUUUUUUUUUUAUAAGGUAUGUUAAGUGGUGUUUUUUCUCAUAAUAUUAGAAAUAUUUUGAGCUUAAAAAUAUUUUGUUUGUAAGAGGUGUUAUAUUUUUUUAUGUAAUGUAAUAUUUUGGGGGGGUGGGGGGGUGGUUAGGGCAGCACAAAAUACAAAAAUGGAUGUUUACAUGUAUCUGUGACUGUUAACACUUAUUUUAUUUCAGGCAAUGAAAUAUGCCAAUAACAGUUGUUCAUACAUGUAUGUGAUAACGGUUAAUAAUCUUUGAAACCCUUUAUUUGUAGGAAAAUUUUAGAGUUUUUAAAUCAACUGAGCAGUUUUCUAUCAUUACUAGUCCAUGUAUUUUAAUUAGGGCAUUUCAACAAUCAAGUAAUGCAUUUUUAUAUCAUCUCCUCAUGUAUCAUUUUCUGACUCUCAAGACCACCCUGCUAAUGAAACGGCGUUCUGAUAACUGCUAAAGCAAUAGUAUAGGAAGACCUACACACCCAUGGCUGGAAAUUGGUAGGGGGCAGUCAGCCAGUGUCACUCAAAAUGCACAAUAUGUUUUCUGAUACACCGCUUCACAAAAAGCUUAUUGCUUUUAUAUCUUAUUUUUGACAGUAUUCCUUAUAUGUGUACAUCAAGAAUUCCUCAUUACAAAAGCAGUAGUGUUAAUUUUAAUUUUCUAUCUGUGUUUGUCUCAAGUCUUCCACAUAGCUGCUAUAAAAAGUUACGUUUCAAAUCCACUUUUGAGACUCAAUUCUAGAACUGCUUCUCAAUGUCUAUCUAUUGCUGCCAUCUUGAAAUUUGAAAAGCAAAUAUUGCUUCCCACUCCAUGGAAAGAAUUUCGAGUCCUGAUUACAUAACAUUGUCACACCGUGACGCAUCCACUGAGAUAAAGUUUUAUGAUUAAAUUUUCUUUGCAUCUAUACACUUGACUGCAAUUCUUUUUUGGUUCAUGCAUGUAUGAACUGAAAAAAAUUUGCAUGAACCAAAACAUAAUUGUGGUCAAUUCUUAAAGGAACAUUAUUUGACUUUCUGUUUGUAGUUUUUUUUUUUUUGUUUGGUAUUAAUAAAUACUUUAUAAAAAUCAUCAGUAAUAGAACAAACUGGCCAUGACUGCUAGAAUAUAUUUUAUAAAUACAAAAUUACACAUGGUUUUGAAAACCUAAUGAAAUUACUGACAAAUGCCCCGUAGAGCAUCACAUAAUUGUUAAACAUACCCUUACCCCUUUUGUUUUACAAUUUCUUUUUGUACGGAAAUGUGUGCAUUGUAUGUAUGUAUAAAUCAUCCUAUAUGUUAUAAUUUUUUUAAUUGUCAUCUUGUAUAUAAUAUUAUACUAAUUGUCCAUGUAUUAUAAAUACAUAAUUGUACAUUUUACAUCAUCUGUAAAAUGUGUGAAAUGAAAUCAAAUGCUUUGCAAUUUUUUUUUUUUUUUAAUGUAAUUGUUAUUUUAUUUCCUCGUAAUUUUAGAAACUGAUUGGUCUAUUUUUAACAAAUAUUACAAGAUCCUUGCACAAAAUGUCAUUUACAUAUAUAUCUAUAUAUAUAUAUAUAUAUAUAUAUAUAUAUAUAUAUAUAUAUAUAUAUAUAUAUAUAUAUAUAGGCCAUACAUAUACACCAUAAAAAUACACAUACACAUACACAUACACAUACACAUACACACAUACAUACAUAUAUCAAGAAAGGCAAAACGUGAUCCAAAAAAGAAAUUUUUUUGAAAGAAAGAAUUGUUUUCGUUGUCACGAAAAUCAUUAUCAUUAUUUUUAUUUUAAUGAACCAUAUUGUAUAUACAUGUAUAUCUUUUUUAAUACUUCAUACUUCAUACAUUCCGGAACCAGAAUGAAUAUGCAUAUCAACAUUUUAUAAUGUGUAAGCUUUCUUUUAGUGACAUUUUUAGCACUUUAGUCUUCAGUCUUAAUGGUCUUAUAGAGCGGUGCGUGCGUGUGGUCUGGGAGGAAAACAAAUUUGACAUACAUUAGUUUCAAUGCGAUUAUCUAGACUGGAUGCUAGUGUAUGCAAACUGCAUGUGGCCUGUCGCUGUCAAAUAAUCGUAUAUGGUGUCAGGGCUGACAUUGAAACACAUUUUAGUUUAGCCAAUUUUGAGAAAUGUAGAGUAUCUGUUUGCAAAUCAUUAAAAUGUUGUUAAUUUGAGGACUGUUUCUCCCUACUCCCACCCACUCCAAACCCUUUUUCUGUCCUGUACGGAGGAGCCGGUGUGCGUCAACACUUGUGCCCAUGACAGGCAUGCGCUACGACAGCUUGUUCUGAAUAUGCACGUUAAAACCUAUAACUUGACCUGACCUCGGCACCAUUUUAUUAGCAAAAUUCCAAAUAAUGUAGCCAUUUUGUAUAUAAAUGAGCAAUUGCCUAAGUUGGCCAUGUGCAGGGUGAACUCUGGGUGAAUGUGCCCAAAACGCAAGCGGCAGACACAUAAGACGCACCAGUGCGACCGCACGCAGGCACCUCGUCCUGUCUGUAUGAGCCUUUAGACUGUCUUGUAUCAGCUGUAGAUUACAAGCAGUAUAACACGUUUGAGGGACAAGAUGAUGUGCUUCAGUUUUAAAUUUUAAAAAAAUCUAUGUAAUUAGUAUGUUUGUAUUAUUGUUUUUCACAGAUGAAGAACAGUUACACUUUUAAUACAUUUGGAAGAAAAUAAAAUCUGUAUAUUUUCAA